ACCAUUAGCUCUAGCUCAUCGACAUGGUGUUUAGCAAACUCAUUCCUUAAUUUUUGAUUUUUAUUCAACUUAUAGUUUUAAUGGACGACCGUGAGCUUGACCUGACUGGGGCACAGAAAGCUAUCAAAUCUAAAUAUCCUCCUAUCAACAAGAAAUAUGAGUACCUGGAUCACACAGCAGAUGUGCAAAUUCACUCCUGGGGAGACUCGUUGGAGGAGGCUUUUGAGCAGUGUGCCAUGGGGAUGUUUGGUUACAUGACCGACACAGAGACGGUGGAACCGAUCGAUACUGUUGAAGUGGAAUCAGAGGGUGAAGAUCUGGAGUCUCUUCUGUUCCACUUCUUAGAUGACUGGUUAUACAAGUUUUCUGCAGAUCUCUUCUUUGUCCCCAGGGAGAUCAAAGUCGUUUCCAUUGAUAGAAUGCAUUUUAAAAUUCGCUCCAUUGGGUGGGGUGAAGAAUUUUCUCUGGAAAAGCAUCCUCAGGGAACUGAAGUGAAAGCUAUCACAUACUCUGCAAUGCAGAUCCACGAUAAGGAGAAGCCAGAGAUAUUUGCCAUCAUUGAUAUUUGAGAAUUCUGGUUCGAUGAAACUGCUGAUUUUAUAUAGCCUUUUUUUUUCUUUGGAUUACUUUUUUAUUUCACUUGUAAAAUAAGGUGUAAUGGGUUUGAUGAGUGGCUUACUAUUUAACUCUUUGGGGUCAUAUUUAACUAACUAUGGGGUCUUGUCUAUGUGUUUAAUGUAAAACUUCAGAAAAAUUAAAUAAAUAAAUUGCAGCAGUAUAAAUUGUGUCUAUGGUUUAAAAUCAGGAUGUUUACUUGAAGUCAUUAAUAAAACUGAUAAAAAAACUUGAUCAAAAUUGUAUUUUGAUAAAUAUGUUAAACAGUUCACCUGUUUUCUUCUAGGAUGUAGUUGAUAUUGUUAUAAUUACUCAAAUUUUAGUUUAGUGGGUUUGUUUUGUAUUUAAUAUGAAAUGGGAAAUUCCUUUACCAGAUCUAAAUGUGUUUGUUUUCCUAGUAUUUUCAACAUAUUUAACAAAACUCUGGAAAUGAAAGGUUUUGGUUUAAUAUAAAUGUUAUUUUAUUUAAUCCACACAAAAUAAUCAAACUGAAUCUUAUUUUUCAAGACAAAUGGAUAAAUACAUUUCUAUCAUUAUUGGUUCUCCUCCAUAGAAUAGUUUAAUAAAUAAAAUGUCAAGAAAAGAGAAAAGGGAAUCCAAUUUCAAUUUAGGAAUGAAAAGACAUUAAAAACAUCCAAUGUUAAUAAAAAGACAUAAAGAAAAUGAAAUAAUUGAAUUGUAAAAUGAAAAAGUAAACUUUGUCCACUUUCUAAACAGAUAAAUCUAUUGAAUAUAUGUAGCAAUUAAUUCUAUUGUAAUUGUAUGGAAUAGAUUUGUGUUUUUUUAAAGGAAAAAUAUGCCGUUAGUUCCAUCUGAGAAGUGUGGCCUGCAUGCGUUGCCCACUUCUCGCCAGCUAGACCUCAGAGGAUUUUUAAAAACUAUUGGGUACUGUUUAUAAAAUCUAACUCUACACACCUCCACAACUAAGUACAAUGUAUUUAUAUAGAAUGUUUCUCAGGCUGCAGUCACUAAGUGUUUUACAGUAAAACUACAUGAGCAUUUUAAAUAUACAUCAAAACAAUCAGCUGUAUUAUUAGCCUGUCUGGUUUCUUCCUUGUUGUUGCUGUUUGCUCACUUAUAUUAUUGGCCAGACCUUGAACCUCACAUAUAAACUGGACCUAUGCUGAGAUUUAAUUCCUAAUAGAUGGACUUUAUUCAUUAUUGCGUUCAAUAAUUUUACAUAUAAAAAAAGCUGCAUACCAAUGUUUGCCACAAAAUGUUUUCUAAGUAAAAAACUUUCACAAAUCAUGAUUGAUUUUCUGCUUCACCACUUGCUAUACUUUUUGUUGGACUAUUACAUGAAAUGUAAAACUUCUUUUACCUUUUAGUUUAUUUUAUUCUAAACAAAUCUGUCAAAAUAAAUGGACACAAAAUUGUCCUUUGCAAUGCUUUCAGGAUACAAUACCAAAGCUAAGGACAUCUUGGUGGAAGUUCCCAUUCCGUUUGGAACAUCUCUAGUUCCAAUACCAUGAUUUUCCAUUAUUAUGCAACCCCAUGCUAAAUGGGUUAAUGACAUAUUUUGUUACUCUACAAACCUAAAUGAAGCAGUUGCAAUUAGAUUUAUCUAUGUUUUACACAUUCCAACACAUGAAAUGCCAUUGGUAAUAAAAUGCUAUUCCACUUGGGUUAAUGAUUGCAGUAAUUAAGGCAAAUGCCAUCUACACAAUUCCCAGGCAAAACCGCUUAAAUUAACUGAAAAAUAUUUAGAAAAACAGAAAAUUCCUUCUAAUGUAGUUCAGUAACAUUGACCGAUUAGUCUAAUAUGAUACAUAUCAGAGGCUCUUCACGGACAUAACUCAAGCCAAUCUUAUUUAGAUGGGUGCAAAUUAGUUGAAGGUAUUUAUGGUGGAAACAAAAUCUAGAUUGAAAUUGUUUGUCAGUUGUGAUUUGAAAUUAAUAAAAGAUAGGAAAACUUGGAGGGUAGAUAUAAACAAUUUGCUAGACCUAAGGGCUGGGGUGUUUUCCAGACAAUUGUGGAAGUAUGCAGAAGGAAAGUUUACUAAAUCCCAUGUGCUUUAUAACCCUCUAAAGGUUAAAAAGUAUAGAAUUCUAUUAAUUCCAGUACUUAACAAAAAUGUAAACAUUGUUGACAUAAUUAGGGGCCAAAUAAUAUCCACACAAAAAGAAAAACAGCCUGCUCUUAUUGUCAGUUGGGUGAACAACACUAAACUGAUAUGGACGAAUAAUACUGCUGUUCAUAUUCGAUUUUUUCUGUAUAAACAUUAAAUUUUAUUCACAUCAGACACACAAUCUUUUUUCCAAGAAAGACCCAGCUUGAAGAAGCUUGAUGCUUUUUUUUUUUUUUUUUAUUCGACAUAAUUUUUUUAAUUUGUGGUUCCUAUCUAAACAAUCGAAAAAAACAUUAUUGCUUCAGAUUGAUUUGGGGCUUUCUUAAAGUAAAAAAAAAAAAGAAAGAAAAAAAAUAGGCGGGAGCAAAGAUGUUUCCGGUUGCCAGUGACGUAACUUCCCUCUCUCCUCUCAAAUGCUGCUGCGCCAUCCCUCCUUUGUCUGCUGCUGACCAGAGAAACCGGCAGGGAUCACCGCUCCGCAGUCUGCUUUAUUUCCUCUCUCAAAUAUUUUUUUCAAAGUUAAUAUAACCCAAUUCUGCACUAUUUCAAUUCGGCGAAUUAACCGCGAGUUAGUUUUGAGCCAGAAAUCCAAGCGUCUGUAAGUCCGCCAUAGUCGAGCCUUGGCGAAGAAA